CUUUGCAACUCACCUCGCCACAUGCGGGGCAAGACCAGCUCAUUUCCUGUACGACAUGCGUCAAUGGAGGGGUCGAGAAACGGGGAUGCCGAUGGAGAUGGUCCAGCAUAAUCAUAUCAGUCGGUUAUGCGAACAUUUCUCUUUUUUCUGGCCACUGGCAUUGUUGAAGAUUGCGACUCAGGCACAGCCUCUCUCUCUCUCUCUCUCUUUUAGCUUCUUCUGAAAAUAAAAAGACCAAUCAUGACCGAAAUCCCACCUGCUUAUACUCCCGGCAGUUCCCCUCCUUCAUACGAUGAUAUUGCGAAAAAGCUCGAAGACCUAAUUGGGGACAACCCAACCCCAGAAAAGGUCAUCGAAGCCAGCCAGCACCUCUCCGAAGAGGAGCUGGACAUCCUGGUGGAUGGCGCCGAUGACCACUGGCCGCUCGAAACUGAACAGCAGAAGAGGGACUUCAGCAUCGGCUGCGGUCAAACCUAUUGCUCGGAGGGAGGGAAGACUCGUUUGCAAGAAGCAGGGAGUGAAGCCACGCAGGCGACCAAAGAAAUCGCGGAUAUCUUCCAUCAGCUGCAUUUGAAAGUAGCGCAGAUUGACCACAUUCACCAUUCCGGAUUCCAGCCGGAAAUUAUUCGCCUACAGCAGUCAUACCUGCGAACUCUCUCCGAUAGCAGGGAUCUGGCAGCUUCCAUCAGCGCUUCUGCUCAAAACUUUGAUGCCACGGUCGUUAAGUUCUGCGCUGAUAACAGCAUUCCUAUCGACAUUCGGAGAUCUCUUAUUCAGUCGUUUAUCACUAGAGCCGCUGGUUUUGAAGAAAGUGCUACUGGGAUCAAAAAUCGAUUCUACACUUUGAGGGACGAGUUCGCUGCAUUUGUGGCUACCUUCUCCACCUGGGCAAAGGACAGAGAGGGAGAGAUUACCGAUCAAAUCCAAGCACUUGAGCAGGAACUGCAAAGUCUCCACAAAAGAUUGGAUUCUCUCACAACUUCUCUGCAAGUUUUCGAAAUACUUUAUGACGUUGGUGAUCUAAUUCAAGAUGUGGGGAAAUUUUUCCCAAAGGUUGGAAUAUACAUGAAGAUCGGCGGUAUUAUCCUUGCUGGUGUCUCAUUUCUCGCCAUCGUUGGCCUUACUGGAGCCCUCAUAGCAACCGAAACCAAGAUUCACAACCGCACACGAGAGAAGCAUGCGUUGGAAGCUGAAUUGGAGAUUAUCCGACGCACACGAGCCGAGCUUGAAGACAUGGGAGAAGAAUCCUUGAUCCGAUUCGGGGAUGCUAUCAAUAUCCUCGCUGGUACGUGGAAACACACGGCCGAGGAUGCACAGAUCAUCCAACAGUGGCUGGCUGACGGGGCGGACUCCACGCAUCCACCAGCAUAUGUCGAGCUGAACCGAGAUUAUGGCGUCAACAGAUAUGAGGCUACGGCGAAUUACUUGGAGAAUUAUGCUAGGGGUAUCUAGACAUAGCCAAGAAUAUUGAUAGCUGCAUCACUUGCAUAUAGGACGUCAUAUUGCAGAAAGAUACUACGCUUCUCAGCCCUAGCUAUCGAGAACUAUCAGAAGUUCUUUUAUUCCCGCAAUCAAUUCAAUCUGAUUCGGAUUUAUCAAACGAAAUCAAAGAACAGUG